UCUCUUCCUUGGGGGGCGCCAGGGGGAGCUGGGGCUGGGGGCUUGCAGGGCUUUGCACACACCCCUGGGCACACUGCCCCCCCUCAUUUUAUUUUUGCAGACCCCCCCUGCAAGGAAAAGGGGGAGGAAAAACCCACCAAACCAGCCUCUUUCCUUUUCUGCAUUUUGGGAGUCACCCCCCCUCACCCCCCAACUCCUGCCGUUCAAUGGUCAAGUGGAGAAGGAAGGAAGCGCGACCCAAAGCCUGCUGGAAACCAUGUUUCACUACACCGACGAGCCCCGGUUCACCAUAGAGCAGAUCGACUUGCUUCAGCGCUUGCGGCGCACCGGGAUGACGCGGCACGAGAUCCUGCACGCCCUGGAGACCUUCGACCGCCUCGACCAGGAGCACAGCGACAAGUUCGGCCGGCGGUCGGCCUAUGGGGCUGGCGGCGGCUCCUGCAGCAACAGCACCAACAACGUGGCCGCCUCGUCCUCCACCGCCACAGCCUCCACGCAGACGCACCACUCGGGGAUGUCCCCUUCGCCCAGCAACAGCUACGACACCUCCCCGCAGCCCUGCACCACCAACCAGAACGGCCGGGAGAGCAGCGAGCGGCUCUCCGCCUUCAACGGGAAGAUGUCGCCCACUCGGUACCCGCUGGCCAGCAGCAUGGCGCAGAGGUCGUACAGCUUCGAGGCCUCCGAAGAAGACCUGGACGUGGACGACAAGGUGGAGGAGCUGAUGAGGAGGGACAGCAGCGUGAUAAAAGAGGAAAUCAAAGCCUUCCUGGCCAACCGGAGGAUUUCGCAAGCCGUCGUAGCGCAGGUAACAGGUAUCAGUCAGAGCCGGAUCUCCCACUGGCUGUUGCAACAGGGAUCGGACCUGAGCGAGCAAAAGAAAAGGGCCUUUUACCGAUGGUACCAGCUUGAGAAGACAAACCCCGGGGCGACGUUAAGCAUGAGGCCGGCCCCGAUCCCAGUAGAAGAACCUGAAUGGAGGCAGACUCCUCCCCCCGUCACAGCUACCUCUGGCACCUUCCGCUUACGGCGGGGAAGUCGGUUCACCUGGCGGAAGGAGUGCUUGGCCGUCAUGGAAAGCUACUUCAAUGAGAAUCAGUAUCCCGAUGAGGCCAAGAGGGAAGAAAUCGCAAAUGCCUGUAAUGCGGUGAUUCAGAAACCAGGGAAGAAACUGUCCGACUUGGAGCGAGUCACUUCUCUCAAAGUGUACAACUGGUUCGCCAACCGAAGGAAGGAAAUCAAGAGGAGAGCUAACAUUGCAAUCCUGGAGAGUCAUGGCAUAGAUGUUCAAAGUCCCGGAGGCCACUCCAACAGUGAUGACAUAGACGGGAAUGACUAUUCGGAGCAGGACACUUGGCAAGUACGCAAUGGGGAGGAGGAGGGCCGGUGUUCAGAGGGAGGCAGAGAAGCAGAGAAGUUAGAAGAAGACAGGAGGAUCUGCUCAAAACAAGAUGACAGCACUAGUCAUAGCGACCACCAAGACCCUAUCUCACUAGCCGUGGAGAUGGCGGCCGUGAACCACACCAUCCUGGCCUUGGCCCGGCAAGGAACCAGCGAGAUCAAAACAGAGGCCCUGGACGACGACUGAUGACGCGACGGAGGGGGAGGGGCUCCGAAACGAGAAAGUAAACUUAGUUUUUAGCCGUAGCACCUUAGCAGCCUUUUCCGACCCCCCGUGCCCCCCACCCCGUGCCCCCAAAGCCCCCACCCCCGGUCUCCAAAAUGUGUUCUUCUUAACAGUAUAACUCUUUGCAGUCUCUUGUAUGUCAAGUUAGCCGUUUAGGGUCUCGUCGUCCUGUGAAGAGGGCACAAAACCCUCCGAUUCCGCGUAUAAACUCAGUAUUAUCUUUCCCGGUCCAAUAAGCAACCAAACCGACUGACCUCCCUCCCCAUGCAACCCCCGUCUCACAGCUAGGCAAAAAACCUCUGCUGCUGCUGUUGUUGUUGCUGCUGCUGCGCUCUCUCUAGCAUUCCACGAGUGUUCUUCCUGGCAUCGCCGCCGGCCCUCGAUUCCAGCUUAAAUCCAGAUUUAGGAAAAAGACAGCGCAGCUUUGUGUUCACCCCUCCCAACGUCCCCCGUAGAUGCUUUCCCCGUCCCAAGUCUGGGGGAACGUUGUCGCUGCAUUGCCGGGGGUUGGGCUAGAUGGCCGCUGGGGUCCCCUUUCAACUCCGCAGUUCUACUAUUCCACGGAACGGGAGUUUGCGUGGCUUCGGGGCUGGCGGCCGGUACGUGGCGGGGUUUGGCAGGGGAUAGGGAGGUGGGGAAACCUGGGCGAGAUUCGAGCGCCCGAUUGCCUGUGAGUGAUGUCCCUCUGCUAUUCGGCUCGGCCCUUUUUUCUUGCAAACUGGGAUGUGUGAGGUGCCAGCUGACCUUGAAAGAAGUCGAGGGUCUCUUGUAAGCUUCCGUCUGCAGAAGAGGGUGCCCGCCGUGUCUCUGUGUGGCAACCACGGGCGUGUCGUCUUCCAGAGAGAACGUAGUACCAUUGGGUGGCUUAGAAGGAAGUCUCUCUUGGUGGAGGUGAUGGGGUGGUGGUGGUUGGGUCUUCGGUGUCUGUGCAAUGGGCUGCGAACGGAUCUGCCGGCCACAGAGAUCUGGCAAAAGACCCACACGCAGAGGGUGCAGGGCUGGAACAGUGACUCGGGCAGAGUGGGCAGGGCUGGGCUUCCGCGAGGUUGGGUAGCCAUCUCUAAAUGUGAACGUUUUGUGGCAAAAUGGGUCUUACAUUUCCAAACUCGGCCCCAGCUCUCAGGAGUUUGGGAAAUGGCUCCAAAGCCUUACGACCACUUACUCUGCACCCCACCUCCCCGCAAGAAAACGCAGCGCUCUCAAGGAAAGCUUGACCAUCGCCUGUUAGCUGGUUCCCCCUAAAGCGUUUCGGAAACAUAGAUGGCGAGUCUUACGAGCGCCACAGUUAGCCCAUCAGAGAGUGUGCCUCUUCCGUAGCCUGUUCCCCGCAGUAUCGCACAAUUGACCCUAAAGAAAGCCGGGUGCAGAUUUUUUUGGUGUCUUUCCUGUUCGUCCUGCUGUUGCUCAGGAGCUAGAAACCUGAAUCGGGGGGCAGGUGAAAUAAUAAUUGGAAGCCAUAAGUAAACCGGAGAACGGAUUUAGCUUUGAGCCAGGUAUUCAGCAGCUGGGUCCAGUUGCCGUUGACCUCCUAGCGCGACACAGCUUAGUUUCUACUUCCUUUUGCGCUCUUUGGUUGGGUCUCCGUGAGGUCGCUUUCAGGAGAGGCAGGCUGCCCAGGGAUCUGCCUUUGUUUGGGUCAGAACGCUCUGGCUACGUAGGAAAAGAACCGACUUCUAAAGAAACAAAUGGAGGUGCGUUUCCUUUGUUUUUUGUUCAUCUUGGAUCCGGUCUAGCACUUUGGGUUUCUUACUUUCUUUCGUAAAUAAAUCGAUAUAUUUGUAUUUGAUAAUUUCCCUUUUUUAAAUAUAUAUAUAUAUAUAACAUUGGAUUAGCCUAAACUGAAAAAUAUAUAUAUGUAAAAGCUUGUGCUAAACCAUCCCAGAUGCAUCUUGGGGAAUCAUCGGUCCAGGGCAUCUCAGGUGACAAGGAGCCUCACCUGUUGCUCUGGAGAUGCUCCUGUACUUUUGCCACGCUGGUCCCUUCCAGAUGUUUGGGACUACAGUUCCCAUCAGCGCUGCCAUGGGAGCUCGAUGGGAGAGUUGUGGUCCGAAAUCUCUGGCCCGCACCAGCGUGGUGAAGGCCGCUGUGCUGAGUAUCUGAGUUCACACAUCGCCGCUGCCUUUUGCCGCUUCCCGAUCACGUCGGCGGAAUUUACCCGGGAGUCGUUCCUGGUGGGAUCGUGGCCCGUGUCGCUCAGCAUCUCUCGGGUGCAAAUCUUCAGCCCACUGACUUCUUGCACCCCUUCUCCCCCUGAUCCUCGGAUGCUCUGGUGACGUGUCUUAGCCUCGUUUUUCUCUGGUAGGUUUUACUGACCAAAACACAUCUCGUUUCUUUGUUUUCUUCCCUCCACUGAAACGUUAAGCAACUGCUUGUCUUCUGCCCGGCACUGCCUUGUCCUAGUAGGCCAGCUUUCAAGGGGCCUUGGACUUAGACUCAGGGAUGUUGUGAGAUUAAUCUGGCCCCUGGAGAGAGAGAUUCUCUCCCUGUUGGGCAGAAGUUGGAACCCUCUCAGUUCUGGGGAGUGAAGAGGUGGGGAGAUUUGGGGUCUCCUGUCUGAGGGAAUGACCCAGCGCUGCCCCAGAUUCCUGUCCGCUGCUCAGAGGGUAGUAGGACCCGAACCAAUGGAUUCAAGUUAAAAUACAGGGGAUUCCAACUAAACAUCGGGAAGAACUUUCUGAUGGUAAGAGCUGUUCAGCAGUGGAACGGACUCCCUCAGAAAGUCGUGGACUCUCCUUCAUUUCAGCGUUUUAAGCAGAGGUUGAAUAACCACCUGUCGUUCCAGCAUUUCAAGGGGGUUGGUCUCGAUGACCUUUGGGGUCCCUUCCAAUGAAGGAGAGUUUUGGAUUCACCCAUCCGAGCGAGUGAACCAGAAAAACUAGAGCUGCUCCAGUGGAAUUUUGACCUAGCGUACAAUCACAGAUGGAGCUGGCAAGCAAAGGGUCUGGAUUUGAGAGGACCGUUUAAUGGUCAAUGCCUUCUCCGCACUGAAAAUGUUGUCCUUGAUGUUAUUCCGGUUCCGAAUUUGUUCCAGCAGCCAACUUUAGGAAAUAAAAAAAGGGGGAGAAAUUAGCUUGCAGGAACAGCUCACUUUCCCAAGUACAGUCAGGGCCAUUGGCUCAAACAGAAAUGCCCCUUUUUCCCGUGGACAGAUUUGCAAUUUCACCUCCGCCACCGCCUCCAGUUUUCGAAAUAAACGCUGAGAUCUCGUGUGAGUCUGUGGCUCUGGGCCACUUGUUGCAGAGACGGCCUUUUGCUAUCGAUUCAAACGUUGGCGGCUGCUGCGUUGUCAGAACGAAUUCAAAAUGGCAGCCAUUCCGGAACUAAUAUUUUCAGAAGGUUUUGCUCCCAAGGCUGAAAGGAGAACGUUGCGCUGGGUUACAGAAGGAAGGGAGCCUGGUCCCAAGGGUAAGGGGCUUGGACCUUGGUUGUGGGAGGGUGUGUGGACCCAGCAAUAAAUGUGCAGAGGGCAGGUUUGUACAGAUCUAGGAGGAGUCGCUGUGUGUGUCGAGGCAACAAAAGUCCUGGCAUCACCCUGAGUUGUCUGGUAGCACUAGGCUGCCAUUGCCACCCUUUUCGGAUAUUGUAUCUCAAUGGAAAUAUGAGACGCAGCCGCUCAGUUGCUCUCUGUGCCUGAUGAGGAAUGGUUGAAGGUUCCAUCAGUAUUGUCACAGCAGUCAGUUAAGCUCCAUCCUCUCUCACGCCGAGCACCCAAACUCUCUUCUUCCUUCUCUUUUCUUCCCAAGUUGCCUUUAUGGUCCAACGAGAGUUUUCUAGAUGCACUGCCGGGUGCCUAACCCACCACCCCAGCCUUCGCCAAGUUCCAGGCGUUUGGAACUGCAGCUCCCAUGAGGCUCAGCAUCACAAAGCUGGGAUUGAUGGGUGUUGAAGUUGAAAACAUCUGGAGGGCCACUAGGUUGGUCACAGCUGCUAUACCCUCACCUUUAUUAGGCAUCUUAACCAUCGUGGGAAGCGUUGAGGUUUUUGGAAAGUAGUCGCAGAUCGACUUAGCCAACUCAUGCACACACACA